CAAGAAAAGCGGCCAAUCGGCUCGAAUUUGCCUUCACUUGAACCUCCCACGCUCGGCCAAAGCUUUGUGCGCGCUUUGCAAGGCCUCAUGCAUCUCCAAUAACGUUUUUGACAGGGCCCAGUGGAGAAAGUCCUUCUUAUUUCCUUGUGGUCUCACUCUGUGCCUCCUUCGACAACCCCAAUCGUAAUGGCAACGGUUGUGCCUGCACCGCGCCGUCGAGAUGACUUGUUCCAGGCCGAAACACAGUCCUUCCGGAUCCACGAAGAUGCGCCGUCUACCGCGGAUACAGAAAUGAACGAGAGCGCGUUGCAGGAUGACGAUGAGGCAGAAGACGCCGGCGAGAUGCUGGAAGAGGAUGCCCAAGAGUUGGAAUACUCAGAGAGCUCGGACGAUGAGGUGCCAGAAAACAGCCAUAUCCAGCAGGACAUGGAGAGGCUGCAGAACUGCUUUGCUGGGUUCCGGCAAAAGUACCGGCUGAUCAAGCGGAUCGGUGAAGGCACCUUCUCGACUGUCUACAAAGCCGAGGAUUUGCUAUACGACAGCUAUGACAACUCGUGGGAUCUGGACAAGGAGGCGGAAAAGUGGUCGCCACCACCACUGAAGAACAACACCCAGGAUUACCACUCGCAGUCGCAGUCGCAUCGUCGUCGCAAGCCCAAGUACGUGGCCGUCAAGAAGAUCUAUGUCACCUCUUCCCCGAGUCGCAUCCUCAACGAGCUCGAGCUGCUGCAUGACCUGCGGGGCUGCAAGUCCGUAUGCCCUCUGAUCACAGCCUUUCGCUGGACAGACCAGGUCGUGGCGGUCCUUCCCUACUUCCGGCACGCCGACUUCCGAGACUACUUCCGCGACAUGACGGUCCCGGACAUGGCCAUCUACCUGCGUUCCCUCUUCACGGCGCUCGCGAGCGUGCACGCACACAACAUCCUCCACCGCGACAUUAAACCCACCAACUUCCUCUAUGACCCCAGUUCACGCCGGGGCGUCCUUGUCGACUUUGGCCUGGCCGAGCGCGAGGGGUACGAUUGCAAGCCGUGCGUGUGUCACGACGAUCCCUCUAUCCGCAAGGCGAAGCUGCGGCCGCUGGUCAACAGAGAUGAGAAAGGGGGAUACCCGCGGGAAGACACGCGGCCUUCGCGGCGAGCCAACCGCGCCGGCACGCGCGGAUUCCGGGCGCCCGAAGUGCUGUUCAAAUGCACCGAGCAGACCACCAAGAUAGACGUGUGGAGCGUCGGCGUCAUCCUCUUGACCAUCCUGUCGCGGCGGUUUCCCUUCUUCAACUCGGCCGAUGACGUCGAGGCCAUGAUCGAGAUCGCCACCAUCUUUGGGCGGCAACGCAUGCAGGCUGCUGCGCUGUUGCAUGGCUGCAUGCUGGAAACAUCCAUCCCCACCAUCGGCAAGUCCGGGUUCAGCUUUGAGGGCAUCAUUCUGUGGAGCACGAGCCGGAGCGAGACCAAGGACAAGAUCGCGGAGGAUGAGAAGCUGGCUAUUCAGUUCUUGAAGCGGUGCAUGGAGCUGGAUCCGAGCCGGCGCAUCAGUGCCGAGGAGGCUCUGCAGCACGAGUUCCUGCAGAUGGGGUUGGAGGAGCCAGAGGAGGGGAGAAGCGACGGCGGGGACGACGACGAAAUGGACAUGCUAAACGUUUGAGUGGAGCAUUGGCCGGAGUCUGGUGUCAUGCGCAGUGUACUGUAUUUUUGGAGUCGAUUCUAGAACGGCGUUCUGGCAGGUUGUAGCAUGGUUGAUAUCCAUCAUGUACUGUGUACACAAGCAUUCCAUAAUGGGCAACAUGUGCUGUCGCCGGCU